AUGUUGCGGAACAUCGCAUUUCUCCUCGUCGCGGUCGCAGUUUGUCAGGCAGCCAGUGUGCCGAGCAAAUCGGAAAAUAACUGUACGAUUGCCGAUGCAUUAAUUGCCAUGUCAUGUGUCUUCAAAUUCGAAGACUUCUCCAACAAAGUCGAUAAGCUCGAUUUCGAGGAUAAAAAGGAUCUCAACGAAUUCCAGAAGUCAUGCGAUUCUCUUCAAAAAUGUGUCGAAGCGUUGAAGUGCGAUCCGAAAUUUUCGGUAUCCUCAGACAUGAUCAAAGGAUACUGCGACGCUGUUCGUUUCAUUGGCGGAGCUGAGUUCAAGCAAUGUGCUGACAAGGUGGAACAAAAAGAAUCAAAAUGCUUCGACGAUUGGAAUCCAUUCCCAAAUUUUGAUGAUGAUGACAAUAAUGAUGAAAAGAAUGUGGACCCAAAGAAGCCGUUGCCAGUUUGCCAAGAUUUCUAUGGAAAGGAUAACUGUUUGAAGAAUGAAAUCACCGACAUUUGCGGAAAAGACCAAUGGGAAGGAUUGAAGGGCGCAUUUUCCUCAAUCGCCAAAACAUUGAAUCAAUGUGUUCCACCACAAAUUUAA